AUGCGCUCACUUCACUUAAUCGUGUUCAUCAUUAUCAGUCUUGUUAAAGCUUCGAAAAGCGACGAUGGGUUUUGUUCAGCGCCUUCAAUCGCUGAAUCAGAUGAGUCGAAACCCAUUUACUGGAAAGUCACCAAUCCAACACUCUCUCCUUCUCACCUUCAAGACUUGCCGGGUUUCACUCGAAGUGUAUACAGACGAGAUCAUGCGUUAAUAACACCGGAAAGCCAUGUUUACAGCCCUUUACCUGACUGGACAAACACAUUAGGGGCGUAUUUGAUCACACCGGCAAUGGGUUCCCAUUUCGUCAUGUACCUUGCGAAAAUGAAAGAAAUGUCAAGUUCAGGUUUACCUUCACGAGACAUAGAGCGUCUUGUAUUCGUGGUCGAGGGUGCUGUGACACUCGCAAACACAUCUAGUUCCUCAAUUACAUUGACGGCUGAUUCAUAUGCAUACCUACCUCCAAACUUUUAUCAUUCCGUGGACUGUGUUGAGUCAGCAACACUUGUUGUCUUUGAGCGGAGGUAUGAUCAUCUAGGAAGUCACACAACAGAUCUUAUCGUUGGCUCCACAGACAAGCAACCAUUACUUGAGACUCCCGGUGAGGUUUUCGAGCUGCGGAAACUUCUUCCGGUCUCCCUUGCUUAUAACUUCAACAUCCAUAUUAUGGAUUUCCAGCCUGGGGAGUUUCUCAAUGUUAAGGAAGUUCAUUAUAACCAACAUGGUUUGUUGCUUCUCGAGGGCCAAGGCAUAUAUCGUUUGGGCGAUAACUGGUAUCCAGUUCAGGCUGGUGAUGUCAUAUGGAUGGCUCCUUUUGUUCCUCAAUGGUAUGCUGCACUCGGAAAGACUAAGUCUCGGUAUUUGUUAUACAAAGAUGUGAAUCGGUAUCCGUUGUGA